AUUUUGAUCAGACUCUCUCUCUCUCUCUCUCUCUCUCUCUUAAGCAGGAGAGGAGCCCCCACAGGCCACAGCUCUCUUCACCUUUCACAAACAAAAGCCCCAAAAUUUUGUUUUUUUUUUUUUUUUUUUGUUUUAUAUUCUCUUUACUAAUCUCUUACACGCAGUUCCUCUCUCAUACCCAAAUCGAAACCCUAAAGGCCAUUCCAUUCCUAAACACUCAAAACAAAAAUGGUCGUUUUUAGUUAGUUAAGAAGUUAGUUAAUUGUGGGUGGCGGUGGUGGGAGAAGAAUGUCGGUUGCGGAGCUCAAAGAGCGCCACGCGGCGGCCACGGAGACUGUUAACACUCUCAGAGAGCGGCUUAAACAGAGACGCCGUUCGCUGCUCGACACGGACGUUGCCGGGUACGCUAGGUCGCAGAAUCGGACUCCGGUCACUUUCGGACCAACGGAUCUGGUUUGCUGUAGAACACUUCAGGGUCAUACAGGCAAGGUGUAUUCAUUGGAUUGGACUCCUGAAAGGAACCGACUUGUUAGUGCAUCUCAAGAUGGCCGAUUGAUAGUGUGGAAUGCUUUAACAAGCCAGAAGACUCAUGCUAUAAAGCUUCCUUGUGCAUGGGUCAUGACUUGUGCCUUUUCACCAACAGGCCAGUCUGUUGCCUGCGGUGGUCUUGAUAGUGUAUGCUCCAUCUUCAACCUGAAUUCCCCCACUGACAAGGAUGGGAAUUUACCAGUUUCAAGAAUGCUUAGUGGGCAUAAGGGCUAUGUUUCGUCCUGUCAAUAUGUUCCGGAUGAGGAUACUCACCUGAUCACCAGUUCUGGUGAUCAAACAUGUGUUUUGUGGGAUAUUACUACAGGCCUCAGAACUUCUGUUUUUGGAGGUGAAUUUCAGUCCGGUCACACUGCAGAUGUACUAAGUGUCUCAAUUAAUGGAACAAAUUCAAGAUUGUUCGUCUCUGGUUCCUGUGAUGGGACUGCUCGUUUGUGGGACACUCGUGUUGCAAGUCGAGCAGUGAAGACGUUUCAUGGACACGAGGGAGAUGUUAAUACUGUGAAGUUCUUUCCAGAUGGAAAUAGAUUUGGGACUGGUUCAGAUGAUGGAACUUGCAGGUUAUUUGAUAUCAGAACUGGGCACCAACUCCAAGUAUACUAUCAGCAGCAUGGUGAUAAUGACGUCCCACAUGUGACCUCCAUUGCAUUCUCUAUAUCAGGAAGACUUCUCUUUGCUGGGUACUCAAAUGGCGAUUGCUAUGUGUGGGACACGUUAUUGGCAAAGGUCGUCUUGAACUUGGGAUCUCUCCAAAAUUCACAUGAUAACCGGAUUAGCUGUUUGGGUUUGUCAGCUGAUGGAAGUGCCUUAUGUACAGGAAGUUGGGAUACAAACCUAAAGAUAUGGGCUUUUGGAGGGCAUAGGAAGGUAAUCUGAUGUAUUGAAGGAGAAAAAUCUAACUUCUGAGUUUCUCUUUCCCGGGUCCACAGUUCUCAUUUUCUUCUCAUACCAUUGUAUCCUGGUCCUGGUAAAAUGUUUGAGUCUACUAUUUUACUAGGGUUUGAGAAACCAUAAUCCUGUAAUGUUUGUUGUAAUUUAGAAAAACAAUCUGUCGAGAAAGAAAAAUUAUUCGGUUGAGAACUUGAGCUGGAGGGACCAGUAUUUUUUAUC